AUUUGGAUAUCUUUCAUUCGACCUUGCCAGUCAUUCCUUUGCACAUCUCUCUGGACUUUGCAGCACAUUGGGUGCACUGAUUAUUUUUGGAUCAAGAUCAUCAGCAGUAUACCAACAUGAAUGGCCUUCUCUUCCUGUUGUACUGCACAGAAAUGGGUGCACUACUAUGUGGGGCCCAAAAUACAGCAGGACCCGAUAUUGAACAAACUUCUUCCCAGACUCCACAGGAAUACAGUACAAUUGCAGGCGACAUCACUGCAAAAGCUUCUCCAAAAACACCCCCAGUUGGUCUCACCAGUGUUGACAGCUCCAAAUCCACAGCUGCCCUUUGGCCAUCUACAGUCUCUCAGCACUCCAAAGAUCAUAACCAUUCACCUGGAGCAGAGCCCAUCCCUACAUCUAGUUUUAUGUUUUACAGGAAGGAAUGUCUUCCAGUGUUCUUUGUGGCCGGUGGUCUGAUCAUAGCCUGCGUUUUUUUCCUGAUUUGCACUCUUUUGUUGAUGUGGAAGGUGUGCCAGUUGAACAGACGCAUCAAGAUGCUGAGCAGCAAUGCCGACCUGAUCAGCACCACCGAUUACUAUGUGGAAACUGCCAAUAAGAACAAAAAAAGGGAAGAGACAGAGGCCAAAGAGACCGCCGUGUUGAUGUCUGAUAUCCAGCAAGCACAGGAGGAGACGGACAAUGGUACCACCAAGGAAGAAGGAGAGAAGGUAACGGAGGAUGGACAAACAGAAGAAGGGAACAAGAAGGAGGUGGAAGAUGCUGCCAAGAGUGAGGAUGCUGCAGCUACACCUGCUGAAGAUGCAUCUUCCUCAAAGCCACAUGAGGAGGCCCCUGACUCCCCGUGCACCGACGCUGUAGCAGCCCCCCCCUCUCAGGUCACAGAGGAGAUAAAGGAUGUGGUGUAGAGCUAUGUGUGUGAUGCCAAAGAGUUUCCUGAGCAGCUGCCUUCACUUCCCUUUAGCUUUACAACCCUUUUACCGUAAAUAAAGAAUGUCUUUUGUAGCUUUUUCGUUUUUACAGUAAGUUGAACAACUGUGAGUGCUGCUAGAUCUACAUUCUUUCGGACUCAAACGUAACCCCGUGGCACUUACUCACAUGUUGCCUUUGCUUAUGUUGUAUAAACUAUCAGAUGUAAGUUUGCUUAAUGAAAUUGGAGCAUUGUAACAUUGUAAAUCUGUCAAACUGAGCAUUGGACAUUUGUGGAUACAAAGAAUGGAUUAAUAGGCUUAAUGGGCAGCAUUUCUCUGUUAUUUGCAUGUUUUGAAUAUUGAAAAAUAUUAAUAUUAUAGUCCUCUUUUGUGUCCAAUACACCCCUUUUAUGUAUACACAUUUUUGACAUAGAUAAAAUAAAAAGGAAUAAAACA